AUGCCAGCCACUAAGACCAUCUUGCGCCGGGCUCUACUAUAUGUCCCAGGCUCCUCUCAGCGCAUGCUGGACAAAUCUCGUACCCUCGUCGCCGACUGCGUCGCAUAUGACCUGGAAGACAGUGUAACGCCUACGAGAAAAGCCGAAGCACGCACUUUAGUCCGCAAUGCCAUUAACCAACCCAUGCCCUCCGGCAUAAAAGAGCGCGCUGUGCGCAUCAAUUCCGUUAGCAGCGGGCUGGCCCUGGCUGACCUUACGGAAGUGCUCCAAUCCCCAAAUCUAACAACUGUCGUUGUUCCCAAAGUCGACACCGCGACCGACCUCCAUUUCAUCUCUGAUCUAAUAUGCCACACCCGCUCCAGCCUCAAACCCACCCGCUCCAAUCCGGACCCGUCUAGCAACCCCCCAAUCUCCAUCAUUGCCUUAAUCGAGAGCGCGAAAUCAAUUCUAAAUCUGCCUCAAAUCUGCGCCGCCACCCCGCAUCAGCUAUCCGGCCUAAUCUUCGCUGCAGCUGACUUCUCCAAGGAUCUAAGCAUAACCCAAACUCCCUCGCUAACUGAAUUCCUCUAUGCACGCUCUGCAAUCGUCACCGCCGCCCGUGCGUAUGACUUGCCUUCCACAAUUGACCUAGUAUGCACGGACUUCAAGACACCUGCUGUGUUGGAGGAUGAGGCGUUGAAUGGCAAGCGCAUGGGGUUUAAUGGCAAGCAGUGUAUAUAUCCAUCUCAGGUGGAUUUGGUGCACAGGGUUUUCAGCCCGGAGUCGAAGGAGGUAGAGUGGGCUGUGAGGAUCGUAGUAGCUGAUGCAAAGGCGGCGGAGGAGGGGAGGGGCGCAUGGACGUUGGAUGGGAUGAUGAUCGAUGUGCCUGUUGUGGAGAGGGCGAGAGGGAUUGUGAAGAGAGCGGAGCUUUGUGGGUUUGAUGUAACGGCAUUGAGGGAGAAAUUUGCGGGCGAGGAGCCGCAAUAG